AUGUUUGGAAAGGAUGAAAAAAAAUCAUUAGAUAGCGACAGUAUUUCGCUGGAAAACAAUUAUACAGGCAAGUUUACAAGAAACCAAGUCUUACUCUGUUCUACUCAUGGCAAGAUUUAUGCUAUCAAUAAGAAAGAUGGAUCUCGGUUUUGGCGUCAAGAUUUCCCUACUGGUGCCAUGGGAGGGAUUGUGUCUCUUUUUAUUACUGAUCAAGAUACUGUGAUUAUUGGUGGGAAUGGUAAAACAGCUUGUUUGGAUCUUUUUACAGGUGAACCCAGAUGGGUGAAUAAAAUGAAGGGUUUUGGAUAUGAAGAAGUGGGUGUGAUUGCUACACCUAGUCGAUUCCUUUCUCCUUCACAACAAGCACAACUCGAUAAUAGUAUAGAACCACCAAGUUAUGAUCAACAGGAAGAAGUGGAAGAAAAACAAAUGAUCUAUGGAUGUUCGCGUGGUAAAGUACUAGCGGUGGAUCCACUCACAGGAGAAGAACAAUGGCGAUUCAAUUGUCCUAAUGGUGGAUUUAAUAUUCCGGCCAUAUUGGUGGAACCUACAAGUCAGGAUGCUACAUGGCCAUGUCAAGUCAUUUAUAUUGGAUGUGGUCGAUGGGUCUAUUGUUUGAAAUCUAUCACUGGUGAACCUCUUUGGAGUUUACGUAUUACCAAUUCUAAACUCGGUUUGGGCUUUAUGAGUUUGGCUACCCCUUGGAGUUCAAGAUUAUUGGCUGAAGCUCAUACUUCCUUCUCGGCUACCCCUCAUCCACAAGUGAGAGAAGUAAAGCAACGAUGUAUUUGUUUGAUCUUGUUACUCAUAUUAUUUUUUUUUUUUUUUGAUAGAUGGAAAGACGACGACAAUCCUCUGGAGGUGGCGGUGGUGGUGGUGGUGGUGGUAGUUAAGCAAACCAUUCCUCCUUUUAUUUACAUAUACCUACCUUGUUUUUUUUUUAUUCUAUUAUUAUAUAUAUCUUAA